AUGAUGAUUACACCUGAGAAGUUUGCUUUCUCCAGUAGCUCCCCAUCAGUGGCCAGCGAACCCACCAUGUCUUCCACAAAACCUGACCAAAAUACCAUGUCUUCAGAGACUUCUGACGAAAGCCUUGAAGAGGAGGUAGCUAACAUCUUGAAGAGAGUUGGCAGUCUGCCCUUGGUUUGCUCUGUCUGUGACUUGGUUUCUUCAAACUACACCUCCAUUAAGCGAAAAAAUUCCUACCUUCAGACAAUGUGCGAUGGGGCAGAGAAAAGUGUGAAGACUCUCACCGAUGCUGCUGUUAGCCGGGCACAACCACUUCUGAACAGUCUUGAACCUCAGCUUGCAACAGCAAACAAGUAUGCAUGUCGUGGCCUGGAUACAGUAGAACAGAAGGUGCCAAUUCUUCAACAGACGGCUGAUCAGGUUGUCUCUGAUACAAAAGAACUGAUGACUUCUAAAGUCAGUAGUGCCAGGAACGCAGUGACCCGCAGGUUGUCAGGGAUGGUUGGCAUGACCAAAGAUGCAGUGCAGGGUGGCGUGAAAACCACCGCCUCCCUUGUGAGCAGCAGCCUGAGUGUGGUGAUGGGAACAAGAGUGGGAAAGAUGGCCAAGAACAGUGUGGAGACCGUGCUGGGCAGGUCCCAUGCAUUUGUGGAUCGCUAUCUUCUUGUCAGUGAUGAAGAUCUGAUGGAUCUGAGAACAUGUUGCCAAGGAAAUGGGGUGGAUCCUGUGCAGGAAGUGCAGACGCAGAUCAAGUGUAAAGGUUAUUUGGUCUGUGUGAUUUCUCUGUUGAAUAAGUUCCAGCGUUAUAUUUCCAAGCAAUCUUGGUGCCAUCUUAAGGAUGCUAAUGAGCGCCUCCAAAUAGCCCUUGAAAGCAACUUUUCGGAAUGGAAAGGUUGGUUAAUAGCCUUGUACUACACAAUAACCCUUCCCCUGAGGACUAUCUACUUGCUCCUCCUGUUUACCGUUGAAGAAUUGUCUGCCAAAUUUCAGGAGAAUGUUCCCCAAGCUCAUUACAUCCUAGAAGACCUCAGGCUGGUCCUCUCUGCUCUCAACUGCCUUCAGGAACUCUGCUGGAAAAUCUUUGCCCGUGUCUGGGAAAAAAUGUCCGAGGAAGAAAACCUCAACGCUGUCUUGAACUAUAUUGUGCAAACGCUUCCCUUCUGUUUCUUUGCAAAUCACUGCAAAUGUAGGACCUCCACUGAUAGCACGGCAAAAGCUUUAAAGGCCAUUCAGAGGGUGCAGGCGUCGAAGGACAGCCUUCUUGGACUGGAAUCUGGAAUCUCCUCAAUAGCAGUGGCCACUUGAACUCUGCAUCUGA